GCAAGAAGAUAUGGAGUUCAGGAAUAAGGAGAAGAGCAUCGCAAAGUUGGAGGCAGAAGCAAAGCUCGAACAGCAACAAGUGAAACCAAGCACAGUCGUCGACGACGUUGGGUUUCGCACGCCGACAUCAUCGUCGCACAGGAUUCCGUCGUCUUCCACUUGUCCGCCGGCGCCCAGGAAGCCUCCGCCGCGCUCGACGAGGGUGUGCAGCAAUCCAGCUGAAGGCCGACGCAGUGCUAAGCUUUCCCUUCGAUUUGACGACUCCACCCUCGGCCUCGACGCCUUCACCCCGGUGGCCAAGCAGCCGCGAGCAGGAGACGACGCCGCCAUUGUCAACUGACCCUCUGCUCUUGGCGCCACAGCACAUAAGAUUCUUACAGCUAAACAAAUUUCCUAGUGAUUGUUUUCUUUCUUUUCUUUUCUAUUUUGUUUGAUCGGAUUACAUGUAAUCCGAUUAUUGGAUUUGAAUAAACACAUCUGAAAGUUUCGGUUUUGCA